AUGGCAGAGCAAGAGGAUGUAACGCUGGACGGGAGGCCGCUGGACAGCCUUCGGGUCACCGAUUUACGAGCGGCACUUGAGGAACGGGGAUUACCUAAGAGUGGUCAGAAGAGCACACUCAUGAAGCGGCUGAAGGGGGCUCUGAUGCUGGAAGACCUCCAGAAACAUUCUACUCCUCACACUGGCUUCCAGCCCAACUCACAGAUGGGGGAGGAAAUGGGCCAGAACAGCUUUAUAAAGCAGUACCUGGAGAAACAGCAGGAGCUGCUACGCCAGCGCCUACAGAGGGAGGCACGAGAGGCACAAGAAACCGAAGAAUCUUCAACAGAGUCAGAGGAUGAAAAUAUGAACCCUGACAUUGUGUGUUCUGUUCUAAAGAUGCCUGAAGUAGAACUGGGAAAACGCACUCCAAAAAAAAGUCAUUCAGUUUUGGAAGAUCCCGAAGACUCUGAAGAAGAGCUUCCCAAGAAGAGGGACAGAAGGUCAUCCCGGGCUAAACAGGUCAAAACUUCAAAGCCAGCUGUAAAUAUACAACCAGCGCAGGAGCAAGAGCCACGCAGGACAUCCACCCGUGGGCGUAAAUCUAAAGGAGAUGCACCUGCUACAAGAGAAGAAGCAGAAGAGAUGGGUAAGGAAGAAGAGGAAUACAUGGAAGAAGAAAAAAAGAUUACAACUGAGAAAGAUGAGGAAGAAACACCAAGAAGAAGAAGAUCUUCAAGAACAGUUGCUGUUCAACAGCAAAAGAAGUCACCGAAAAUCAAACGCUCACCUUCUCCACCUGAGUUAUCAGACACUGUCUCUAAAAUCUCAUCUUUUGAGGCUGAGGAGAUAACAGAAGAGCGUGUUCCCCCAAUGCUGUCUCUGGAAGGCAUCCACCAUCAGGUUUCCGAAAAGCAGGCAUCUCCAGUGACUGAAAAGGCAGUGUCCCUAAGGUUGCAGCACAAAGAGAGUUCUAAAAGUCACAGAUCUCCUCAGAAACGUGGGCGUGGUACUCGAGAGCAGAUUGAUAGAGUUUCAGAUCCAGCAUCACACCAGCCUCCAGUAUCACCUUGUGUGAUCCAACAAAACACCCCCCUUUACCGUCAAGAAGCUGAGAAAACGAAGACCAAACGACAAGAUUCACAAAUACGUGGUGAGACUGAGAGUGUAUCCAUGAUUAUACAUGAACGUCCCAUCACUAAGGAUGUUAAAGUGAGGUCAUCGCUAGUUCUAAUGAAGCCUCCAGUUUGUACAAAAUCUGAAGGAAGAAUAUCUGUGGGUGAACAGAGCCUCCAUAUUGUUGAAAAAUCAUCAUCAAGGGGUGUUAAAGCUAUGUCUAUAUUAGCGAAGCAAGAUCCAGAACCUCACACCAAUGUUAAAGAAAGUCGCUUGUCUUUAUCCAGCUGUCCUGAAGUGGGAAAAACAAAUGUCAAGUCCUUGUCUAUCUCAGAGAAGAUAGAUACAGAGAAAUCAGAUGUGAGUUCAACAGUAGUUUGUGUUACUAGUCCAAAUGAAUCUGAGAAACCUGAAGUGUUUGUCCCAGUUAUUGCUCCAUGCACCACAAAUACAAGAAAGCUUAGGGUCCGUACAUCAAGUGCACGCCAGGACCAACCAGAAAUUAUAAAAACUUCAAAACCCAUGGAAAUUCCUAAAAAAGCACAAGAACCGGAGUCCCCAAAUCCACCACUUGAAUUGGAGAAAAGUGUGUUCGUAAUAUCGGAGUUGAAAAACCAAGCUCUAAAACAUGUUGAGUACCCAGAGCAAAAAACAGUUACAGUGAAGGAUACCAAAAAUUUAACCACAGUAAGAGUGGAAGAGGAGGAUGUUAAUAAGAGAAAGUUAGAUGAGGACGCUGACACAGCAAAGGUAGAUGAGGGCGCGGGCGCAGCAAAGGUAGAUGAGGGCGCGGGCGCAGCAAAGGUAGAUGAGGGCGCGGGCGCAGCAAAGGUAGAUGAGGGCGCCGGCGCAGCACAGGUAGAUGAGGGCGCAGCACAGGUAGAUGAGGGCGCCAGCGCAGCACAGGUAGAUGAGGGCGCCGGCGCAGCACAGGUAGAUGAGGGCGCAACACAGAUAGAUGAGGGCGCAGCACAGGUAGAUGAGGGCGCCAGCGCAGCACAGGUAGAUGAGGGCGCGGGCGCAACACAGAUAGAUGAGGGCGCAGCACAGGUAGAUGAGGGCGCCGGCGCAGCAAAGGUAGAUGAGGGCGCCGGCGCAGCAAAGGUAGAUGAGGGCGCCGGCGCAGCAAAGGUAGAUGAGGGCGCCGGCGCAGCAAAGGUAGAUGAGGGCGCCGGCGCAGCACAGGUAGAUGAGGGCGCCGGCGCAGCACAGGUAGAUGAGGGCGCCGGCGCAGCACAGGUAGAUGAGGGCGCCGGCGCAGCACAGGUAGAUGAGGGCGCCGGCGCAGCACAGGUAGAUGAGGGCGCAACACAGAUAGAUGAGGGCGCAGCACAGGUAGAUGAGGGCGCCAGCGCAGCACAGGUAGAUGAGGGCGCGGGCGCAACACAGAUAGAUGAGGGCGCAGCACAGGUAGAUGAGGGCGCCGGCGCAGCAAAGGUAGAUGAGGGCGCCGGCGCAGCAAAGGUAGAUGAGGGCGCCGGCGCAGCAAAGGUAGAUGAGGGCGCCGGCGCAGCAAAGGUAGAUGAGGGCGCAGCACAGGUAGAUGAGGGCGCCGGCGCAGCACAGGUAGAUGAGGGCGCAGCACAGGUAGAUGAGGGCGCCAGCGCAGCACAGGUAGAUGAGGGCGCCGGCGCAGCACAGGUAGAUGAGGGCGCAACACAGAUAGAUGAGGGCGCAGCACAGGUAGAUGAGGGCGCCAGCGCAGCACAGGUAGAUGAGGGCGCGGGCGCAACACAGAUAGAUGAGGGCGCAGCACAGGUAGAUGAGGGCGCCGGCGCAGCAAAGGUAGAUGAGGGCGCCGGCGCAGCAAAGGUAGAUGAGGGCGCCGGCGCAGCAAAGGUAGAUGAGGGCGCCGGCGCAGCACAGGUAGAUGAGGGCGCCGGCGCAGCACAGGUAGAUGAGGGCGCCGGCGCAGCACAGGUAGAUGAGGGCGCCGGCGCAGCACAGGUAGAUGAGGGCGCCGGCGCAGCACAGGUAGAUGAGGGCGCCGGCGCAGCAAAGGUAGAUGAGGGCGCCGACGAAGCACAGGUAGAUGAGGGCGCCGGCGCAGCAAAGGUAGAUGAGGGCGCCGGCGCAGCACAGGUAGAUGAGGGCGCCAGCUCAGCACAGGUAGAUGAGGGCACCGGCGCAGCACAGGUAGAUGAGGGUGCAACACAGAUAGAUGAGGGCGCAGCACAGGUAGAUGAGGGCGCCGGCGCAGCAAAGGUAGAUGAGGGCGCCGGCGAAGCACAGGUAGAUGAGGGCGCCGGCGCAGCAAAGGUAGAUGAGGGCGCCGGUGCAGCAAAGGUAGAUGAGGGCGUCUGUGCAGCAAAGGUAGAUGAGGGCGCCAGCGCAGCACAGGUAGAUGAGGGGGUCGGUGCAGCAAAGGUAGAUGAGGGCGCCGGCGCAGCACAGGUAGAUGAGGGCGCCGGCGCAGCAAAGGUAGAUGAGGGCGCCGGUGCAGCAAAGGUAGAUGAGGGCGCCGGCGAAGCACAGAUAGAUGAGGGCGCAGCACUGGUAGAUGAGGGCGUCGGCGCAGCACAUGUAGAUGAGGGCGCCGGUGCAGCACAUGUAGAUGAGGGUGCCGUCACAGCAAAGGUAGAUGAGGACAUUGGCACCGCCAAGGUAGAUGAGGACGUUGGCACCGCCAAGGUAGAUGAGGACGUUUGCACCGCCAAGGGAGAUGAGGACGUUGGCACCGCCAAGGGAGAUGAGGACGUUGGCACCGCCAAGGGAGAUGAGGACGUUGGCACCGCCAAGGGAGAUGAGGACGUUGGCACCGCCAAGGUAGAUGAGGGCGCCGAUGCAGCAAAGGUAGAUGAGGGCGCCGAUGCAGCAAAGGUAGAUGAGGGCUAUGACACCGCCAAGGUAGAUGAGGGCGCUGGCACCGCCAAGGUAGAUGAGGGCGCUGGCAGCGCCAUGGUAGAUGAGGGCGCCGGCAGCGCCAAGGUAGAGGAGGGCGCCGGCAGCGCCAAGGUGGAUGACGGCGCUGACACAGCAAAGUUAGAUGAUCCCUGCAUAUCUGUUUUAAAGAUAACACGGGAGACAACCAGCAGCACUGAUAUUGUACCCGAUGAUUCUCUUAAAGAAAAUGUGUUUUCUUCUGGUCCAACAGAAGAACAAUCUUUAGUUAAAUCGAGUCCUCAUGAAGAAGAAAUGUUCAUGAUAAAAGAAACGUCAGAAAUGAAGCAAGUAGAUAAAGCCACAACAAUUGCCGAAGAAACGUUGACAAUAUCUGAAAAUAUAAUGGAAAUCCAGGAAUCUGCUGCACUUGUGACAUCAGAAGCAGAGGUUUCUGAAACAGCCCCAGAAAUGUCAUCAUCCACACCAGAGCAGACAACAUUGAAGCCAAAUGAGGUAACCUGUAUAGAUGAAGAAUUUAUGUCUACAACAGGAAAGGAUGAACCUCCUACAAAUCUGACUGAAGCAUUGGACAGAGAAGAUAUUCCUUUAGUUCCUAUGUCAAUAUCAUCCGAUAAUGAAGAAGAAAAGCAUCUGGCUACACAUGGAAUUACACAGGCUUCUGAAGCUUUACAUGAAAUGCCUAACAUAUUGAGACCUGGCGAUUUCACUCCAGUAACAAUCCCAGAAGAUAUUAGUCUAGUGAUAGAAGCUAAAACUUCUCAAAUUGUUCCUGCAGUUUCAGUAUUCUCAGCAUGCACAACAGAAUAUUCUAGUACUGCAUCUGAAAUAGACACACAAUAUGUUUCUUGUUCUCCAUUAGCUCAAGAGGCAACUGCCAAAGAUCAAACUUUCCUUCAUCUUGAGACAACAGAUAAAGGUGGAUCUGUCGACCAAAAAAUUUCAGAGGUUACAGGAGUUGUAAAGGAGUGUCCCACUAAAUUUGACCUAGAAAACCAGACCGUAUACCCAACACCUAUUAUUUUGCAAGAUCACAAAGAGGAAGAACUUUUAAUAAAAGACUCUGCAGAAGCUGAUGUUGCUUUAACCAAAAAUGCUGAAGCAGUUGUCCUUGAAAAUUCAGAACUAACCUCAAAAGAAUGUAAACACCUUACUGUUGUUCCAGAGGAUACUGAUAUGCCAGCUUCAGAGAUAUCCACAGAUGCAAAGCAGUCUGAUGCGGAAAUUAUAGAGGGGGUUGUAACAGUCCCACAGGAAGUAGAUGAAUUAAAAGAGAAAGAAGUAACUUCUGGAGAUUUUGAAGAACCUGUUAUGGAAGAGAAGCCAGAAGAUAACAUUUCUGCAGAGUCUCUUAAAUCUAGUGUGGAAGAACCCCAAAUAAUACUACUUUCCACAUCAGACUCUCCAUCGCAAGAAGAGGCAGCUAAUUCAUCUAUUUUGCAAAGCACUAACUCUCCUGAACACGAAAAGAAAAAAAUUGAUAUUGCAAGUUCACAAACUAUGAAAGGAGAAGUGCAUACUUUAAAUAUACAUACUUUGGCAUUGUCAGCAGAGCAAAAUUAUCCAGAGUCAGAAUGCAUUAUGGACAUAACCAUUGCAACAGCCAAGAAAGAGAGAAACUACCAAAGCCAUGAAAUAAUAGCUGUAUCAGAGAAAACAUACCCACAAAUGGAAGAUGAACAAAAAGAGCAUCAUGAUUCACCCCUUCCUAUUGUGGUGUCUCCUGUACAGCAUACAACAGAUACAUUGCUGUCUAGUGAACAUAAAGACUGUGGAAGACAAAUUCAGCUACACGAAGCAGCAGAACAAGUAGAAGAGGUUGCUGUGAUUGAAUCCCGAAGGAGAAGGACAUCUUCUACCUCCUCCUCUUCUUCUUCAUCAUCAUCCUCAUCAUCUUCCUCCUCUUCCUCAUCUUCCUCUUCUUCCUCCUCAUCAUCUUCCUCUUCUCAUUCAUCACACUCCUCUUCAGAGAAGUCAUCCCACUCCAGACAUAGCUCACAUUCUAAAUCCUCCUCACCAGAAAGACGGGAUCAUGUGUCACGGUCUUCGAGGUCAAGGUCUUCAUCUUUUCACAGUGAUAAGGAGACACCAUGUAGUAAGAGGUCUCCACAGAAGGUGGGCCCAGAAGUCUUGCCUCCUGAAGUAACACCUUCACACCUGGAAGUAUCUCAGCCCCUGCUAAAUACCUCUCCACCUCCUCCACCACAACUAAUGUCUCUACAGCAAGACAUAUUAAUCCCGCGGCCAAGUGGUUCCAUUUCAGACUCAGAAGAACGGCGAAGGCCGCGUGAAAUUUCUGACGACCCAGAAGAGCAAGAACAGAGUAAGAGAAUAAGAUUAGAGCCACAGUCCGAGGGUCAGGACCAAAAAAGUCCGGUCCCUGGGGAACAGGAGGUGGUAGAGGAGCUGAGCCCAGGAGACAACAAUGUUGCAUCGGAGAGAGAGGACACAGUAAUGGAAGCAGUGGAAAGUCAGGCUGAGGGUGAGGUCCAAGAGACUACAACACCCCAACCCCAGGAAGAGAGCUGUGAGGUGGAUGAGAAGAAAGAGAGUACAACACCACCAAGAACAUUCAAGAGGAAGAUCUCUGUUAUAUCGGCUACAAAAUGUUCAAGUCAACCUACCCCAGCUCCUACCACAAACAGUGACAACGAGGGAGCACACCCUGCACGACGCAGGCGUUGGGGGGCCAGCACUGCAACCACUCAGAAAAAACCCUCUAUUAGUAUCUCCACAGAGUCCUUGAAGAGUCUGAUCCCUGAGAUCAAAGAAAUCAAACAAGAGGCAGUGGUGGAUCUUCAUGCUGAUGACACACACAUUUCUGAAGAUGAAAGUGAACGUAAUGGAGAUGACGACACCCAUGAUAAAGGACUUAAAAUAUGCAGAACAGUCACACAGGUAGUGCCUGCUGAAGUUCAGGAGAAUGGACAGGAGGAGGAAGAGGAGGAGGAAGACGAUAAGCACUCUGAAGACACUGCUGUUGUUGAUGAUCCUGUCCCUGUGAAGAUAGAGACACCGCCUCCAAGUGAACAAGAAGUAACAAAGCCUUUAUCAGUGAGCCCACCACAAGCAGAGGUCCGAGUCACAUUAGGAGAUACCCUAUUGAGACGUUCAGUCAGUCAACAGAAGACUGGUGUUUCUAUUACAAUUGAUGACCCAGUGCGCACUGCUUCUCAGCAGCCCUCACCCCCGCGAAGAAAACCUAGUUGUAUAGUACACAUCUGCAACCUGGUCCGACCUUUUACCUUAGGGCAGCUAAAGGAGUUACUCUCACGUACUGGAACUAUGGUGGAAGAGAACUUUUGGAUAGAUAAGAUUAAAUCCCAUUGUUAUGUCACGUAUUCUACUUUAGAAGAAGCGGUUACUACUAGGAACUCUCUUCAUGGAGUGAAAUGGCCACAGUCCAACCCAAAAUUCUUAUCCGCAGACUUUGCAGAGCAAGAUGAGCUGGACUUCCACAGAGGUCUUCUUUUAGAACGACCACCAGAACCUAAGCCAGAGGAGCCCCCCCACCCACAUUCUCACCCACACAUCGCUCCCUUACGUAAUGAACACAGGGAACAUGAGAGAGGUGUGCGAGAACAGUGGGCAGAGAGGGAGCGCGAGAUGGAGAGGCGGGAACGUACCAGAUCUGAGCGAGAAUGGGAUAGAGAUAAAAUCCGUGAGGGGCCACGCUCGCGCUCCAGAGACAGGCGGCGUAAAGAGCAUGCAAAGUCCAAAGAAAAAAAGAAUGAAAAGAAAGAGAAAGUACAGGAGGAGCCUCCAGCUAAACUCCUGGAUGAUUUAUUCCACAAAACCAAAGCUGCCCCCUGUAUAUACUGGCUGCCCCUCACAGAUGACCAGAUUAUGAAAAAGGUUGCAGACAGGGAGGAGCGAGCAAAGGAACGAGAGAAACGACGUAAGGAGCAGGAAGAGCAGCAAGAGGAAGAAAGAAAAGAGCGUGCUAAGGAAAGGGAAAAGGAGGUAGAAAGGAAUCGGGAACGAACACGUGAAGCGGAGAGAGAUAAAAGGAGGGAACACAGCAGAGAACAACCACGGGAGAGAGAACGCAGGGAUCCCAAAAGACACAGUAGGAGCCGCAGCAGGAGUACACCAGUUAGAGAUAGGGGAGGACGGCGUUGACCCCUGUCGUUACCCUGACUGGCCACUCAGCUGCUAUGCACCUGUCCAGCACAGGUGGCGAUAAAGGGUCACAACUCUGCAAGUGAUUAGAGAAGCAAUGCUCAUCAGGCCCUUUCACAGGUGAUUAUUUAAAACGAAACAAAAAACUCAGGCAAGGAGUUGGCUCACUUCUAAAGGAGUAAUGAUGUUCUCUCCCUGUUUUCAAUCUCCCAAACUUUUGGACUUAAAUCUUUUUCCUCCAUUCCUCUUCCAUAUGUUUCAAUUUUUAACGCCACACUUUCUGGAUUGUAAUUCAGAUUGACACCUGACCAUCAUUGGACGUUCCUGAAUAGUUUGUGCAAUGAGUUUCCUCUCUAAUAUAACACCUUCACCUGCCAAAGUGGCAGGAGAAGGCAAUUUUUUAUUUUAUUUUUCUUGGUGUUUUAUUUUUUAUUAAAAAUUAAGUGUAUUAUUGGAAAAUAAAAUUCUGCAUUAGUUUUAUAUCUUUUAUGUCUUGCCUGACUGAGACUCUAAAACAGUGCUAGAUUGUUGUUUUAUAUAUUAAAUACAGUAACAGCACUGACCAUUAGAUCUAUUGUAUGCUGUAUUGGUUGUGACAUGUCACAACAUGAGGUCACCAAGGCAUGCCCCAUAAAGUAAGGAGGUAUGAUGUAUUGUUUGGAAAAGUCUGCGUAACCUAAACAAAAUAUGGAAAGGUAUCUCCGGUACUAUAUAUUCUUGCUCCCAAAUGUUAAAUUAUAAUCCAUAACCAUAAUGUCCCAAUACAUUACGAAAACAGUUCACAAUUGUAUUUGUAUAUUGAAAGUUUAUCUGUUAAAGGUUUCUGUGAAGGGAUGUAAGUUGUCUGCUUCCAUCAUACAAGAAGCGUUACUAUAGUGACUAAUGAAUGGACACUAAUUUUGUACUCCGCAUCUUUGCUAAAUCACUGUUGAAUUUUAGAAGUGACCUUGUGUGAACUUGAAAUAUUACAACCAAAAUGAGAGCCCAUGUGCUACAAAUAAAGGGCGGUUAUUUUUUAAUGCAAACGUCUUAAUUAUUGGGAGUAACCCACUUCAUAAUAUCCUCCCCUCUAAAAUAAUGAAAAUAGUUGUUAUAGAUUAAUUUCAUAAUGCGCCACAAGGGUAUGGUAGUGUGUGGUAGAGAGUGAGGGUCCUGCUCAAAUGAGCUUAGUCUAUAGGGGAUAUGGAUUAUGGAAAGAAGAAUGCAGGGACUGCAGUGUUAGAAGGGGGGUGGCAUAGAGAAGAGGGCAUUCCAGAGCCUUCGAGCAGCCUGAGAGAAAUCCUGAAUACCAAGCGGUGAUCAGAGAGGAAGUGAGGCAGCAGUCUUUAGAAGAUUGUCUAUGCGAGAGCAAAUGAGGCUGCAGAGAGUAAAGGAUGACACUAUUAUGAGACGGCAUGUCUGGGGUACCAGCAAAAUGUAGAAAACACAAGCUUCUGACUGCAAAAGUUUAAGUCAUUCCUACCAUACUGGUAGAUCUAACAUAAGUUACUGUUUUGUAUUGUACAUAACACAAAGUAUAAGUUUCUAUGUUUAUUUGGGGGGCUGAGAAGGUGCAGCUUCACAUGCAGUAUGGUUAGCAACACUGCUAAGUAAAAUAAAAAUAAAAAAUGUGUGUGUGUGUAUAUGUGUGUAUAUAUAUAUAUAUAUAUAUAUAUAUAUAUAUAUAUACACACACACACACACACACACACACACACACACACACACACACACACGAAAGAAAUAAAAAUGUUACAAGAAAAGUCCUGUAUCUGAUAUGUCACGUAGGGGGUGAAAAGAACCCUGGUGUACGGCUUUAAUUUAAAAUCUUAUGCGUGUAGUCAUUUGCAUAUCUGCAGGCUCAUAGGUGCAGAACUUUUCCAUGUCUAAUUUUGUGUGCAAAAUGUGAGUGCUGCAUUAUGUGGAAGGGACGUAUCAAUACAUUGACGUUAUUGCGAAAAUCACCAGUUAGGAUUAGUUGAGAUACACUGUCCUGAAUUACUGCAUUUUUGUACUGUAUACAUUUGCCUAAAAAUCAUGAUGAAAACAAUGUAAAUAUGCAAUAAAUUAUAUUCCUUUCUUCCCAC